CCGGCCCGCCCGCCCGAGCACAUUGCCCCGCCGCCUGCCGCUGGGCGUGUGCGCGAGUGCGGGCUGGGGGCUUGGCGGAGCGGCUCUCCCGCACCCAUGCCCCGGGCGUGACGUGAAGGCGCUCGCCGACCCCGCGCGGGGCGCCUCUCCAGCCCCCGCGCUGCUCUCCGGACGCCCCAGGGAGCAACCCCGGUAGAAAAAGUUGGGUCCGGAGGAAACUUGCCUCGCCCUGCCUGAGAAUGGACAGCAAGCCCCUCCUGCAAGAGAGACCCCCGGCCUACAGCCCGGCCGCCCAGGGAGGCGGCUACGAGUAUGGGCAGGGCGGCUACGGAGCCAUCCCUGCUUCCCAGCCGGGAUUCCAGGCGCCUCCGCCCUACUCGUAUCCCCCCGGCUCUGCUGCAGCAUACGCUGUUCCUUCAGGACCACCUCCACAUAACUACCCCAACACCACGUACACAAUAAUCCAGCAACCUCCUCCCACUACCUCGGUUGUAGUUGUUGGUGGCUGCCCUGCUUGCAGAGUUGGAGUCCUGGAAGACACUUUCACCUGUCUGGGCAUCCUCUGUGCUAUCGUAUUUUUUCCUAUCGGAAUUCUUUUUUGCCUUGCAUUGAGGCAACGAAGAUGUCCUAACUGUGGGGCGACGUUUGGUUAAGGAAUCGAUUGAUAUACAAUCGCACAAAGGCUUUGGGGAGCCGUAACUAUAUUGUAGUAUCUUUUUUCUAAUGUAAAUGUCAUGUACAAUCAUGUUGAUGCUUCAGAGCUGAUUUUGUAUAACUGUGAGGAAAGCUUGAGUUUCUUGCAUGUAAAGAUGUCCGAUGAGCAUGUCCAUUGCAAGAUGCAGUUGCUACCUGGCUUCUUGUUUAAAUGCACCUUCUGAAAAUUUAAAUAAAAAUGGCUUUUUUGCAUCUUCACAA